UUUAGGGUUCUUCUUGCGCGAUGCCGAGGGUCCGGACGAGCAAGGUCGAGUACCCGGAGGGAUGGGCGGUGAUCGAGGAGACGCUCAACUCCUUCGACGGCAAGAUGCGCGAAGCUGUGAAUGAAUCCGACGACGGCAAGAGGAUUUGCGAGGCGUCGUGGCCGAUUUUCAAGAUCGCGCACCAGAAGAGCCGCUACAUAUACGAUCUCUACUACAAGAAGAAGGAGAUUUCCAAGGAGCUCUACGACUUCUGCGUCGAUCAGAACUACGUGGACAAGAACCUCAUCGCCAAGUGGAAGAAGCCCGGCUACGAGCGGCUGUGCUGCCUGAGAUGCAUCCAGCCCAGGGAUCACAACUUCGGGACCAACUGCCUGUGCCGGGUGCCUCGCGAGAGCAGGGAAGUGAAAGUCCUGGAAUGCAUCCAGUGUGGCUGCAAGGGUUGCGCCAGUGGUGACUAGAAGGCACGGCAAGCAAGCGAUCUAGAAAGCACGCGAGGAGAAUGAUCGCUACUAUCACUGUAAAUCGCUACUGGCUGCCUCCUUCGCUUUUAAAUAAGAGCGAGCUUAACUUUGUGUUC